AUGAUUGCAUCAGAUACUUUUGUAAAGAAAACUUCGGAUAAUAAAUUGAAAUGUCGACUAAUGAUGCCAUUAUUCUUUUACAUUGAAGUUAAAUAUGAAGCCUUGAGGAAGUCUGUUGAAGUCCAAAUAGCUAAAUUUGUCUUCAACUUGACCAUCGAUUCAUUAGCUAUUCUCAUGCAUAUUUAA